AUGAUGAAGGGCUUCAAGAAUCGUCUCACGAGGAGCAAGAACCAGUCCUCGUCGAGAAAAACAGAUAAGAAGGAAAAGGACAAGGAGACCUCCCUCUCCUCCAAGGACCUCUCCCGCAAGUCACUGCUGUCCUCGCUAUCUGCCAGCGCAAAUAACCACAAGCCUACGAGCUCUUCGUCUUCCAUCAACUCGACUGGCUCUUCUAGCCCCAAGAAAGACGCUCUGCCGGCUCCUGACGCUGGACACCUGCCUCCGCCUCAAGCUACUGCUUCUUCGUCAUCCAGGGUGAAUCCAACUGCUGUUGAACAGUUUGGCGUUGCUGGUGCUGCUGCUGGUGCUUCUACGGCACUUGGUGGUGCAAACUCUCCUUCUGGAGUCGCCCUGCCGCUGACUCCUCCGCCAGCCACGAAUCUGGGUGCUGAGUCUCCUAAGAUCGUGAUCAACGAGCCUAUGCAAACGAGCCUCUCAAAUACCACUCCUAUAACGCCGACUCCAAGCUCUCCAAUAGCUGGCAACUCGUAUGGCUCGGCAAGCGGGAUCCCUCACGACAACAGGUUGGCAAGUCAUUCUCAGCUGUCACAUCCAACAGCCUUGAACCCAAACAUCUCAUCUCCUAACAGGGACUCGUUCGAUAUAGAUCUCAUUGUUACUCCAAAGAGACACAGCUCCUCUCGUUUCGAGCCUACAACUAGUGAUAACCGCGAGAUCGUCAAGCUUCCUAACUUCGACGAGGUUCCUCCAGAGGAGCAAAUCUCUUUGUUCAUUCAAAAGGUUGACCAGUGCAAUAUAAUCUUUGACUUUGGUGACCCAACCCACGACAUCAGAGGCAAGGAAAUCAAACGUAUCACCUUGCAGGAGUUGAUCCAGUUCAUUGUCGGUAAUCGUUUUAACUACACCGAUGAAAUGUAUAAACAUGUUAUCGACAUGUUCAAGAAGAACUUGUUCAGACCUAUCCCUCCUCCUGUCAACCCAGUGGGCGAAAUCUAUGAUCCUGAUGAGGAUGAGCCUGUGAGUGAAUUGGCCUGGCCCCAUAUGCAACUGGUGUACGAGUUCUUCUUACGCUUUGUCGAAAGUCCUGACUUCCAUCAUCAGGUUGCCAAGCAAUAUAUUGAUCAUGACUUCAUCUUAAGAAUCUUGGAAUUGUUUGACAGUGAGGACCCAAGAGAGCGUGACUGCUUGAAAACUACUUUGCACAGAAUCUACGGUAAGUUCUUGAGUUUACGUUCUUUCAUAAGAAAGUCUAUCAACAACGUAUUCUUGCAAUUUGUUUACGAGACAGAGAGAUUCAACGGUAUUGGAGAGCUCUUAGAGAUCUUGGGUUCUAUCAUUAACGGUUUCGCUCUACCCUUGAAAGAGGAGCACAAAAUUUUCUUGAUACGAGUCUUGAUGCCACUUCACAAAGUCAAGUCAUUAUCCUUAUACCACCCCCAGUUAGCAUACUGCAUUGUCCAAUUUUUAGAGAAGGAUCCUACCCUCACCGAGGAUGUGAUUAUGGGCUUGUUGAAGUUCUGGCCUAAGAUCAACUCACCAAAGGAAGUCAUGUUCUUGAAUGAGAUUGAAGACAUCUUUGAGGUUAUGGAACCUACCGAGUUCACCAAGAUACAGAUUCCACUUUUUGCACAGUUGCUGAAGUGUAUUUCAUCCUCCCAUUUCCAAGUCAGCGAGAAGGUAUUGAGUUUCUGGCAAAACGAUUACUUCUUAACUCUUGUUUCAGAGAACGCUGAGGUGGUCCUUCCGAUCAUUUUCUCCUCAUUGUAUGAAUUGACGAACGCUACCCAGCCGGGCAGUGCUAAUGGUCAGCUUCAACAAAAGCUUCUAGAGAAUCCAAACUCACUUACGGAUGCCAAUGGCAACCUUGUUGAUACUGGAUUGAUGCUAAAUGAAAACUACGAAAACAAUGGCCAUGGUCAUGGCCCAGGGCAUGAAGGAGGAAAUAUGGAAGAGUCCCAAAUGAUAAAUGAUAUGACGGAUGAAGAAUACUACGAUUCAUUCUCCACCCCACAACAGAAUAUGGAUAUGGACGAAUACGGAACGAUUCCUCCACACAACCUGGCCACGUCGAACUGGAACAAAACUAUCCACCUGCUAGUUUUCAGUGCAUUGAAGGUGUUCAUGGACCACAAUCCUAUCUUGUACGACCACUGCACCAUGUUAUACCACCAGUCUCUUGAAGAACUGAGAGCACGCGAGGAGUCAAGGAAAGAGGGAUGGAGAAGAAUUGAAGAAUACGUGAAGAUGUGCAAGCAAAGUGACCAGCAGACGGGCCACUCCAAAGACUCGCAGGUGAACGCUCAUUGA